GCUCGGCGCUCUGCCGGCCCCGCCUGGCCGCGUGGACUCCUGGGAGCUGCAGGCGUGGCCGCGUGCCGGCGGGAGCCAGAAGUGAUGGUAUUACACUAAGGAUCCCCAGAAGGACCCCACUGGGGCCCAAGGACCACCGCCUCAUUCAGCCAGCCGUGCAUCCUGAGAAGAAACUCGUGUUGCCGUGAGAGCUCGUGACGCAGUUCCCGUGAGCGAUGGCUUCUCUUGCCGCCAAAGACUCGUACUUACAGAAUCUGGCCAAGAAAAUCUGUUCCCAGCAGACUCAGGAGCGCCAGAAGCGAAAGUUUGCCUCGAAACCCGGUCGCCCCGAGGACGCUGGGCCCCCAAAGAAGAAGAAGAAGAAGCAGAAGAAGCAGCAGCAAGAAAAACCACAGAAGCAGGCUGAGAAGGCCAAACCACCCCAGGACAAGUUGUCCAGUACCAAGCAGCCAGCAGCUCUGCGGGGCCAGAAGCCUGCCGUGGUGGGGAGGAAGGAGAGGCCGAGCCAAAACGGGGGCCCUGCAGGUCCUUCAGCCCCUGGGCCCAGCUCCUUCCUGGGCUUAGAUAUUCUGCGCCAGCGGCUGCGGGAGAAGAUCCAGGAAGCCAGAGGCCAGGGCAGCGCCAAGGAGCUGUCGCCCGCGACCCUAGAGAAACGGCGGCGGAGGAAGCAGGAGAAGGAGAGGAAGAAGCGGAAGCGGAAGGAGCUGAAGGCGAAGGAGAAGGCGGCCGAGGCCGAGGCCAAAGAGUCCGGCCAGGCGGCGGCCGAGGCCCCGGCCCCGUCCGGCCAGCAGUCCGGGGCCCAGCCGGACUUGGUCUUCAACAGGGUGGAAGUCGGGGAGGCCCCGGUGGCAGGCAAGGCCCAGAAGAGAAAGGAGAAGCGGCAGCAGCUGAAGGGCAAGUUGACCCCGCUGACCGGGAAGAACUACAGGCAGCUGCUGGAGCGGCUGGAGGCCAGGAAGAACAAGCUGGAGGACCUGAAGGACCAGGACCCGGGGAAAGCCCAGCAGCUGGAGACCAAGAUGCGCUGGACCAACCUGCUGUACAAAGCCGAGGGCGUGAAGAUCCGGGACGACGAGGGGCUCCUCAAGGCCGCCCUGAAGCGCAAGGAGAAGCGCAAGGCCCAGCGGCAGCGGCAGUGGGAGAAGCGGACCGAGCAGGUGGUGGAGAAGAUGCAGCGGCGGCAGGACAAGCGGCGCAGCAACAUCCGCAAGAAGAAGACGGCCAAGCUGGAGCGCCGCAAGGACAAGGCCCGCAAGAAGGGCCGGGUUCUGCCCGAGGACCUGGAGAAGGCCGGCCUCAAGUGAGGGCCCGCGGCUGCCGCCCCCGACUAACUCUCUCUUUCUCUCUCCGGCCUCUAGGCCCCCUCCCCCAGCUCGAGACCCCCUCAUUGCUGCAGGUGGAUUAACCCAUGGGAUCUCCUCCCCGUAUUCAACUCAAUCCUCCUUAGGCUGGCCCUUCAAGCCCCCAACCCCUCCCAGACUGGAGGGCCUCUGAGCCCAGGACUCAGGGGAGCCACUGUUUCCCCACUCCCCGCUGUGCCAGAGGGCAUCAACAGAGGUGCCUACAGACUCUCAGUGGUUCAAUGGCAUUGCCUGUCACGAGGGGAAUAUGCAGCCUGCAUUAGGGGAGGGGGUGGUGGUGCCACCCAAGACCCUUUAAACCCCAUGAACCCUCCUGGAUCCGGAUAUCUCCCGGACUAUGCGCAAGGAGGGGUCUCCGUGGGAAAAGAGGGCCCUCGAAUUCAGCAUCCAGCAGGGGCUUCCCGAGGAACAAAAAGAGCAGGAGACUAGCUCUCUGACGGAAGGGCUGCUGCUAUUGGGUGUAAAAAUGGGCUUCCAAAUUAAAUAUGGUGUUUAGCCGAGCCUUGCCUUGUUUGCGAUUUUGUUUGUGCGGUGGGAUUUCUCUUGUCAGCUCCACAAACCUGCUGAAAAGAGAAAA